CAUGAAAAAUACUCUGUACUAAAGCAUUCACCAACAGCUUCAAUUUGAUAUCCAUAUUGUACAAACACAUUCUAGGGUCCACGUUUUGGUCUCUAUCUCGAGACCCUAGUCACGGAACAGCAUGAAAAAUACUCUGGACUAAAGCAUUCACCAACAGCUUCCAUUUGAUACCCAUAUUGUACAUACACAUCCGAAGGUUACCUGGGUCCACGUUUUGACCUAUAUCUCGAGCCCUAUUUCCAAAAUAAAAUAUAAUCCAUGUUACUCGUGGAUGAUGUAGUUUCGAAUGGUGAAAGAAUUUUUAAAAUCGGUCCAGUAGUUUUUGAGCCUCUUCAUUACAAACAAACAAAGUUUUCCUCUUUAUAAUAUUAGUAUAGACAACAUAUCUUAUAAGGUAUAUGGUAAAUAUUACCAUACAUUUUUUCCUUCAUAUAUAAUAAAAACAUUAAUAAUAAUAACAUUAAAACAACAGGUAUUAUUAACAAACUUGGUUUUAUUUUAAAUUCUUGAAGUGAAUCAAAUUAAUCAGGCCUAUUAUGAUAAACGUCGGAUGAUAUGCGGCGGGAGUUAACUCGAUCCGCACUCGAUUCACUUUUUCACAAAAAUGGUAUUAUUGUUACCGACGGAUGCACUGCAUUACAAUCCGUGAACUGUGUUAUCAGCAUAAUCAGCUGUGCAAAAGACCAAUAAAUAUUUGUUAAAUAAAAUGGAUUCAAUAGCUUUUUGUUUGGAUUUUAAUGAAAGUACAAACAAUGAUGCAAGACGAACCCGGAAAAAAGUAAGGGAUAAUGCUGUUGACGUGUUCCAGUUGCCGGAUGAUGUAUUUGUUAAGCAAUUCCGUCUUAAUAAGAUAGCUUUCCAAUAUGUUCUUAACAUAUUAAAGAGGGAAAUGCUUCCUGUUAUUAAAACAUGGUCGAUAUCGCCAGAGCUCAAACUAGAAGCCUGUCUAAGAUUUUUUGCUGAAGGGGGUUAUCAAAAUGGUACUGGGCAGGAUUUUAAUAUUGGCAUGGCGCAGUCCACAGUGUCCAUAGUACUGUCAGAAGUUUUAAAUAUUUUAGAGGCAACACUGUGCCCCAGAUGGAUAAGUUUGGCAAUGACCGAGACUGAAGAGCUUGAAGCCAAAAGAUAUUUUUUUGGAAAAACAAGAAUUCCCGGCAUAGUUAUGUGCGCAGAUGGCACCCACAUAAAGAUUUUGAAACCUGCUGGAGACAAUUCGCACCUUUAUUAUAAUAGGAAAGGAUAUUACAGUAUUAAUGCAAUGAUAAUAUGUGACCAUAAGCAGCGAAUAAGGUAUGUGAACAGUAGGUACGCAGGUGCAAGUCACGAUUCCUUUAUUUGGGAAAAUAGUGAGGCUUCAAGACAUUUCCAAACCAUGUAUGAAAAUGGACGCAGAAGCACUAGAUUGUUGGGUGUCUCUGGAUACCCACUUUUACCCUGGCUGAUAACGCCCUUCCGAAAUGCCGGAGCGAAUACACCCCAAAGCCGUUUCAAUAAAAGCCAUAGCUCGGGUCGCAAUAUUGUUGAACGCACAAUAGGUGUCUGGAAGAAUUGGUGUCGAUGCUUGCUCUCAGCUCGCCAACUUCAUUAUUCUCCGGAAAAAGUGGCUCAAAUUGUUAAUGUUGCGCCGGCACUUCACAACAUUCGGAUCCAUUAUAAUAUUUCAGACGAAUAUUUAGAAGGGGUUUUUGAAAGUGAAGAGUAUGAAAAUGGCGAGCCUGUACAACAUCAAAGGUAUACCAAUGAAGCAAACCAAAUCCGGAAUGAAAUGCUACACAGCUUUUUAUAAAGAAACAUUUUUUUGUUUUCAUUUAACGUACAUAAAUAUAUGUAUGUUUGUAUAUAUUUCUUAAGAACAAAAUAAAAACAGCCUUCUUGGCAAAUGUUGCACAUUAAAACUUAAACUUAAAAUAUAAAAGCCUUCUUGGCAAAUGUUGCACUUUAAAACUUAAGCUAAACAAAAUUUCUAAUUCACAGUCAUUUUUUAAGUCUCAAUUGCACAUUAAAACUUAAACUUAAAAUAUAAAAGCCUUCU